AUGGAUGACAUUGUAAAGGAGUACCUUCCGGAAGCUUUCGCAUUUAUUUACGUCAUCAACAGUGAAAACGCCGGUGGAACACAGCGAGAUAGGGUAAGGCACUUUAAAAUGCGAAAUGCCUUCUCAUUGCAAAAAUAAUUAAAGGAAAAAUGUGCUGCAAGACUCUUACAAUUUUUUGAAUCCUCUAUUUUAAAGAUGUGUAAGACUAACUUAACUGUUCAAAACUUUUCGUCAAAUGAGCUAGAAGAAGGAACAUAACGAACAUGAGUUGCUCCUGCAGAGCGGUUACGCGAGGCAUUAAUAACCGUUUUAAAAAGGAAAUGUCUGAACUAGCCAAAAAAGUCGACAAAUAGCUAAUUCUGUGUCUUUGCCUUCAGGUAGAAAAGCUUAUCGAACACGCAAAUUGUGCCCUAUUCGUUUGCAACAAGUGGGACCAGGUGCCGUCAAAAGAAUCUGACGAAGUUAAGAACUAUGUAGUGACGAAGCUCACGCAGUGCUGGCCUUCUUUAGAUCCAGAAUCUCAGAUCAUUUAUAUGUCAGCAAAAGAAGCCAGUGAAGUUCAGACGUUUGGAGUGGUCACGGAGGAGUUUGCUGAACUAAUGAAUGGUAUCAAGUCCAUGGUGUUGAAAAGUAUUGAAGCAAGACUAGAGAUUCAGUGGAGGUAAAUUGCUUUGAAUCCCUAGCGACAAAAUAGUUAUGAAGAAGUUGCAUCUGUUGGAAAAGUCUCUUUGGUUCUGAUAGUAGAAUGAAAAAUAUCCUUAUUUUGAUUGGCUGCGCGAAAUGUAUAUUUUUCAGGCAACGAAAGGCAUAAGCCGAAGGUAAUACAGUGCAUAAAUUUUCAACUCAUGCAGUGCGAAAAGCGCCAAGAGACUGUUCAGCCUGGCUUUGUAUGAACGACGAAGUAUUAAAGACAAUUGUAUGGUGACGAAGUAUUAAAGACAAUUGAAAAUAAUGUUCUUAUUUUUAGGUGGCUUGACUAUCUUCUUGCUCGUAUGGCCCUCCAAACGAAAGCGUUCAUACGUAAUUCGUCCGAAGAUCGUAAAAAUGUGACAGAUAGAAUGAUCUAUAUCACUGACCGCCUCCAAAGUAUUGAAAGGCAGCAAGGUACAGUAAGCAAAGAGCUGCAAUCAUACCUCGAAAACAAGGCAGACCACGCUGUGAGUGCACUUUCCAGAUACCUUAAGUCUCCAGAAGUUAUGCAGCAGUUUUCUUCGUGGACAUUAGAUGACGUUCCAAACACUGAAGAAAGCUGGGAACUGACUAAGAAUUACAUCCAACAGCUGCAGAUGGAGCGACUUGUAGAAGUGAUAAAGGAAUGGGAAGAAAUGAACCAUGUCUUUUCCGAUGCUCGCGCCUCUUUGAUUCAAUACUUUCAGGAGAGGUUAAGCUACGUCAAAGGUCAGCUUCGAACGCUGGAGGGUCAUGUCGUAGCCGAAGAUGCUGCCAGCUCCGGAAGUGACCCGCUGGCAUCGGACGACUUUAGCUUCGCCGAAAAAGUCAUCAUCGGGGUCACAAGUCCAAUUUGGGUUCCAGGUAGUCUGGUUGUCCCAGUGGGCAAUGUUCCGGUAGUUGGCGCCAGAUCAGUUAAAGAGAAGUUGGAAAACUGGAAUAAAAUAAGACAGUACAAAAAAGAUAAGUGUACCUUUAUGGCGGAAGCUUCCCAAGAAUAUCUGAAUAAAAUAGCUGAAGAACAGCAUCUAAAGUCGUUCGUGAUGGAACAGCUCAAAGAAGCUCAGGUUUGUCUUAGGCAGGUCCUAGAUCGGAUCCCUCAGCUCAUAGAAGAGAGCAAAAUGUUGUGUCAAAAAUUAAGAGAUAAAAACCGUUCUAAGAAAGAACUAAAAGAUUUCUACAAACUGUUACACGAGAAGAGUUUACAAAUAAGGGGUGAGAUGGCCCUGUUUGGCAUCAAAGAGGUUCGCGCCGUAGACAUUAGCUGCGACGAUCUGGAGUGGCAAGAUCAUGCACCUCUUGGAGGAGGAGCGUUCGCUACUGUUUAUCGAGGAAAAUUGAAGAUACGAGGAGAGGAUAAACCCGUAGAUGUUGCUGUGAAAGAGUGGAAAGAGGAGCUCACCAGAAGUACUGCUAGUAGCUUCCUUUCUGAAGCAGAGAUACUCAGGUUGGUUUUGUUUUUUUAUGGAUCCUGGAAUGUUGUGUUGUUUAUCAAAAAAGGCCCAUCAACUAAAACCUCGGGGAAGCACUAAUGACUCACAAGCUCAUAAGCUCAUUAGCUCAUAAGAUAUUUUCUUAAAUCUUUUCUGUUCAUCGAGCAAAUCGUAAUAAGAGGAUUCAUUUUAAUUAUAUGAUUUUUUUUCCGACGCUUUCAGAAAACCUAGAAUCUAGGUAUAUUUUAAGGCACAUCGGGAUAUUGAUUAGUUUAGAUUUAAAAAUAUUCAAACCUUUAAAGGUAAGGAGUUCCAUAAAAAGGGGGAGUAAAAGUUCUAAAAUAUCAGGUUCCAUUUUUAAUUUUCCCAACAAUUUAUUAUCCUUAGAACGUUUAGAGAUUUAAAGGUUGGAAAAACUAGCAUCUAAUAGAACUCUUAGGUUGGAGUAGCAUCUAAUUUCCCCUUAGAUCAUCGCCGCUGAAUCAAGCAUGAAAGUCAUGGGAAUAAGGGAAAUGAUUGUCAACAGAAGAAGCUCUUUAUUGAUGAUCAAAAUUUUCCUGUCAGUACCAGAAAAUGAAUAAAGGGGGGGUAAGUUUUUUAGAAAAACUGUGCUGCGUUGGUGAGAGUGUAUAACGGGGUAGUUAAAUGUUAUUAACUGAGUUGAUACCGUAAAUUGACCACCGUAAAAAGUUUGAAAACUGACGUUUCAAGAGUGUUAGCCCUUCGUUAGAGCGAUUAACGAGGGGCUAAUACGCUCGAAACGUCAGCUUUCAAACUCUUUACGGUGGCCAAUUUACGUUAGCAACUCAGUAUCAGAGAAUGUUUGGAUAACAGUGUGGAGAAUAUGUAUACUGUUUUAUGAGUGUAGGUUGUUCACGCUACGUUUUCUUUAUUUAGGAAACUGCAUUAUCCCUUUAUUGUAAAGUUCUAUGGUACAGCACUGCGCAAGGAAGGGGAGCGGCUGAAAGCAAUACUGGUGAUGGAGCUCUGCAAAGAAAACUUGAUGAGGCACAUUUUCCGGCAUGAAAACAAUAUACCUGGUAAGUCAUCAACUGCUUCAGCUGCGAGAGAUGUGAUCGGAUGGGCAAAAGACAUCGCCAAUGCUUUGGAAUACAUUCACAGACAAGGUAUCGUUCACAGAGAUCUCAAGCUGGAAAAUAUAUUGGUGAGUUAAAAGUUGGCACAACUGGUUAUCGUGAUCAUUUGCAAUUGUGAUCAUCUUCGUCCUUUAGACUCAUCUCGCAUUCUAAUUCGCUCACCUUCAACCAGUUUUCCUGCUUUCUACAUGCAUGGAAUACCUGUGGCAGACCACGCUAUAAAUUCGCUUGAGUGUCAUUGUAGUCAGUUAUGGAAAUUAGCCGCGUGUUUAAGCUUCUCACUGAAAUUGGCUGGGGUCACACAUAAUAUCCUGUGUUGUCUGUAGUUUUCUAUCUAAUUCCUGUAAUUUGAAGGGUCAACAUUAAAUUUAUUAUUUUCCACGUAAAACCAGUGUGACUGUAGAUGACGACUUACGCAUCCCAAGUUAACACCUUUAGACGUCGUUUUCAUGCCUUGCCUUCCUUUAAGAGGUGUCAUCUGCGGUUACAACUCAUAACGUUUUAUGUAUUAAAACUGCUUGGAAUGCGUUUCGAAGACAUUUUAAAAAUAGCGACAGAUCUACAUUUUUAAUGACAGAGCCUAAUUAUUGUGGAUAUAUGAAAAUCAUAUAUGUGCAUUGCGAUGAAGAAACUAUAAGAGAUCCUCGUAGCUAUAAACACUACGGAACUAGUAGUUGAAAUAAGACUUGAAAAAAUUUCAGUUCUGUAUGGGAUUUGAACCCAUAACCACUGCGAUACCGUUGCAGCGCUAUACCAACUGAGCUAACAAGCCAACUGGGAGCUGGUAAUUAUGUUGGAUCCAAAUAAACUGUCCAAGUGAUGAAUAACGAUUGUAGAUAUAUGCAAAUCAUAUAUGUGCACUGAGGUGAAGAAACUAUGAAAGAUCCUCGCAGAGCCUAAUUCACCUCUAUUUGGCCUUUCCUGACGACUACCCUUUUUCCUACACUUUUGUGUAAAAAAUAUAUCAAUUUCCAUGAAGUUUAUCUAAUUCUCUCACAGCUGUCGCAAGAGAAUAUUGCCAAAGUAGCCGACGUCGGUGUUUCCAAAGAAGCUAAAGCGAUCACGGGUACAAUGACGGGAACUCCUGUGUAUCUCGCUCCGGAAGUGGUCAAGUCCCGUUUGUACGAUUACAAAGCAGACAUCUACAGCUUCGGUAUAAUGCUCUGGGAGAUGUGGUAUGGUAACAGAGCCCUUCUUGUUGCGGAUGCCGAUGUGUAUGAGGUUUUUGAAAAAGUGGUUGAGGGCGUAAGACCUACGCAUGUGGAAGGCUCAAACGAGCCUCCACCUGGUUGGCAGGAUUUGAUGCAGCGUUGCUGGGACGAAAAACCUGAUAAUCGACCAGAUGCGAGAGAGUGUUACGAGAAGUUGACUAAGCUCUACCAGGAAGUUGGCGCACCAUCUUCAUAAACAAUGGCUAUUAGGCAACCACCCUUAACAUAUUUGCUUUUAAAGUUUGGACUGUUUUCGGAGCAACAGUGGUUUAAAGUGUUUUAAGAUAUCCCGUAUGACUAUUAUAGCAAAUAGACUAGCCUCACCCGCGCCAAUUUUCCCGUUUCAAACUUAGCUCAUACAUCAUAGAAACAUACUCUGGUCUUAGUCAGUGCUGAUGCUAAGGACUUCUAUCGAGAUCAGUGUCAUUUUGGAUGAUUUCAAAAGGCCUAAGCGCACAGGUGUAGGUGGCUCCUCUGUUGCUUUGUCUGUCAGAGGAUCUUUUUUUACGGUAUGCUUCGUUAGGCAUAAAAAUUAAAGCAAGAAGUGUAUGAAAUACAUUGAUACUUAGGUACUGAGUUGAAGAAAUGUAGGAGUGGUGUAUGGUAGUUCUCUAAAUCUCUGCAGCAUGAUUGUUAUAAUAUUUAUACUAUCUUUAUGUCCUUGUGUUCUCUAGACCUUGCAAGGGAAAAGAGACUCGCGAAAGUCUUAAUUAAAAAGAGAGAGAGAGAGAGAGAGAGAGAGAGAGAGAGAGAGAGAGAGAGAGAGAGAGAGAGAUAAGCGACCUUACUCUCACGGUUAAUAAUAUUAUGAAGGUAAAUAUUGUUCUGUCAUCUUGUAAGAAAGCUUUUCACUUGUGAUUGUUUACUCCUUAAAGAUUUCGUUUGAGAGUUCCGUUUUUUAAGUACUUAUAUAAAAUAUAAAGCAGGAAGGUCAGAAAUCACCUAUCUACUUCUCACAUAAUCACAGGGAUAGAGUUGUAAGCACAAAAAGGGUCAAAUGAUGUAAGCAGGAGUUCCCUUGGAAGGAAUUUCAAUACUGAGCAGCGUAUGUUUUUAUGACUGUGAUGUGCGAUCAAACUUGGAAAGAGAGUCUUAUCAUUUCCCCCAAAAAAUUGGUAAACGAAGCAUUUACGAAGAUGAUUAGACUUAAUUGUUUCACAAUCACAAUCUCUGAAGGUCAAAUAAAGACUCAAUCCAGGUUUUCCUUCUAUCGAUCUUCCACGCUUUCUACUUAUGCUUACAAAGGAAUAGGACACGAGAUACUUCACAGACACUACAUGUCUUUCACAGUUUCAUGCCAAUGUCUACCAGACUUCACUGUUUAUGCAAUACAUUCUCCGUUUUAACUAUGCCUUCGUGUCCGUCAUGGCCGAUCUUUUGAACUUAAUCG